ACUCAAAAAAAAAAAAAAACAUUUUUUUUUGGUUUAAAACCCUAGAAUUCAAGAGGAAGAUGAAUGCGGUUCCUGAAUGCCGUUCGAGAAUCCCCUGAAUCAAAUGCGAUUCAUCCGUUCUAGGGUUUUUUGAGGAGGCUAGCAGCAAGUUUAUGCUAGAGUUUUGAAAUUUAAACCUAGAAUUUUGGGGAUUUUUGAGGGAGUACUUGAGAAGGAUCGGUGAGACGAGUGGUGUUGAAGGCGGUGGAGGAGAUUAAGCCAUGAAGGUACUCUAAUGGCGGCGAUGGAGGAAAGGUGUCGGCCGGGAUCGGAUCUUUGUUGAGAUUGAUCGAUCUCUUUCACUAGGCUGUAGCUACGAGCCUAAGCUGCUACGAGUCGCUUCCCCGUGACUGUGCUUUUAUAGCUCGCCAUUAAUGGCCGUCGCCAAACCGCCAGCGUGGAGAAAAGUCGAAACUUGGAUCUCGAGUUGAGGGUUUCGUUCGCUUUUGGCGUCUCGUAGGGCGGGCCGAGCGAGCGAGGGGCGCCGCUCGUGUGUGUAGUUCGUGCGCCAAGCGUUGCAGGUGUAAUUGAGCGCGCGGAUCUCGAUGUAGGGUGAUAUGGUGGGUUGGAGGAGUUGCGGUUGCAUUUAUCUUGUGGUUGCUUUCUGGUCUUUGAGUUUGCGGAAGAGAAGGCGAAGUGAGUGUGGUGUCAUCUGUGGGGGAGUGGACACCACGAGCUUGUGAAAGUUGUGGACUUUGGUCAGUUUGGCUUCUUUUAUCUUCAGUGUGUUAUGAAGGAUUCAUAGAUGGUGGUUGGUCUGAGCCUUUGGUGUUAUCUAGAAUAAGCAUGCCGAAUGUUGAUGGCGAGGAAGAUGUCUUCUUUGACACAUUUGAUUGUUUCAGGACUUCUGUAGAUUCUGAUUCAUCUGGGUAUUGCUCUGCUGAAAGUCCAGAAUUAGUGUUCAGCAGCAAGUUUCUGUGUGAUCUUUGGGUGGGUGAACUUAUGAGCGUACAGGAAAGGCGUGACAAGUUUUUGCGAAGAAUAUGUAUGGGAUUGGAUGAUUUUGUGUUGUGUCAAGGUGAUAGACUUCAAGAAACUGAAGAAUGUAUGUCUUGUAAGUCAGUGGACAACAUAGAUAUGAGGAGAGUUUUGGAAAGCUGUGGUGCUGUAUCAAGUUCUCAUUCAUCCUUGGAUGAUGGAGGGCGGAAGGACUAUUGCUGCAUAAGAGAUCUGGACAGUGGAAAGAAAUUUGUUGUUCAUGAUGUUGGCGAGGAUGGUUUGCUAAGUAUGCUCGAAGAAGUUGGUUCUAACAAAUUGAUGACGUUGGAGGAGUUUGAAAUGUUUCUAGGUCUUUCAAAUUCUGUUCGGCAAUUUACUCAGCAGGAACCUGUUCUUCCUGAAGAAAAACAGAAUGGCUGUGCUGAUGCAAAAAGGACGAGACAUAGGAGUUGGUGGAAAAGUUUCGUAUGGAAGAGGUAUGCCAUGGGAAUGUGCAAGAAUGGUGUUUCUGCUAAAAGUUCCAAAUUACCCAAAACAACAAGAAUGAAAGUUCGGCAACAGAAGAAGAAAUGUAUGGAAUUCACUGCAUUAUACAAGGGACAGGAAAUUAAGGGUCACAAGGGUGCAAUCAGGAUUCUCAGAUUUAGUUCAUCCGGCCAGUAUCUUGCAAGUGGUGGUGAAGACACUGUUGUUCGUGUCUGGCAGAUCAGAGAAGUGGAAACAUCAUCAAAAUGUUUUGCAUCAAAUGGUUCGUUUAAAACUGGGAAGAUGAUGAUCGGAAGACAAAGUUGUAAUUCUGCUCCUGUUAUUAUUCCAAAAAAGAUUUUCAAGAUUGAAGAAACCCCAUUGCAUGAAUUUCAUGGACAUACCGGUGGCAUCCUGGAUUUAUCUUGGUCUAACUCUGAUUGUCUUCUCACAUCAUCUGAGGAUGGAACUGUUCGGUUGUGGAAAGUUGGUUGUGACUCUUGCCUUAAAGUUUUCCCGCACAAUGACUUUGUGACCUGUGUUCAGUUCAAUCCUAUUGAUGAGAGAUGCUUCAUCAGUGGCUCCAUAGAUGGCAAGGUUCGCAUGUGGGGAGUUUCUGAGAAUCGGGUUGUUGAUUGGAUUGAUAUAAGAGAUAUUGUGACGGCUGUCUGUUAUCAACCUGAUGGAAAGGGAUUUGUUGUUGGUUCGGUUGCUGGAAUUUGCCAAUUCUAUAGCUACUCAGGUAGCGGUAUUCAUCUCGACAGAAGAUUUAAUGUUAAAGGUCGAAAGAAGUCCAUUGGCAAACCCAUUACCUGUUUACAGUUCUCACCCACUGAUUCUGAGAAGGUAAUGAUAUCCUCAGCUGACCCAAAUGUUCGAAUCUUUGAUAAGGUUGAUGGCAUUCAUAAAUUAAGAGGUUUAAGAAAAUCCAAGAGUCAGUCAAACUCAUCAUUCACUUCAGACGGGAGAUACAUUGUUUCAGUGGAUGAAGAUUCGCAUGUAUAUGUCUGGAACUAUAAUGAAUCCCGCCUGUCAUCAUUGAAGGGAGUGAAAACAACAAGAUCAUGCGAGCUCUUCUCUUCUGAAGGUGUAUCAGUUGCCGUCCCGUGGCCUGGCAUCGAUCACAGAGGAGCAGGCUUAGGCUUCAACAGUGUAAUGGCAUCAUCCUCGCCGCAAAGAAUCCUCGAACCAUCAACUUGGCUGAGGGAUCCCGACUGCUUCUCUCGCAGUGUUUGUUUCUUCACAGACAGUCCAUCAAGAGGAUCAGCAGCCACAUGGCCGGAGGAGAAACUUAUACAACCCUCAUCAACAACCGAAGAUCAUUGUCACAGCCAUCACUACCAUUGCCUUACAACAAUUUCGGCAACAUGGAGUCUAGUGAUUGUCACCGCGAGCCAUGAUGGUUCCAUCAGGUCUUUCCACAAUUUUGGAUUGCCUGUUAGGCUGUGAAGUUCCAACCCCUUCAUGUCACCAUGUUUUUCUUGCAGAUUAAAUGCACAGAGCUUAUGUUUUACUAUAAUGAAUUUCACUUCUUGUCAAUCCACUUCAAAAUAAAAGGAUAUAGGAAAUUUUGUGUACAUGUAUUUAUUCUAUGUAAAUUUGUUUUUUUUAGAGGGUGUAUAUAUUAAAUUGCCUGACUUUUUUUUGGUCCUCUGGGAAGU